AUGAACCCCAUCUACUCGGCAGUUCUGCUCAUCGUUCUCGGCAUUUGCAUGUGCUCGUCAGCCGUUGCCGCUCAAAACGAGCGACCGAUAUUCAUGGAUAGAAGGGAAGCUUCUCCAUUCGGCGACAUUCUCACCGAAAUCAAGGGAAAAGGCCUUGGUGGCCGGAUGAGAUUCGGCAAACGGUCCGGCUACCGUGCCGCUUACUAUGAGCCACAAGCUGUUCCCGAAAUGUUGCCAUUCUAA